CGCAGCACCAGCACCAGCAGCAGCCUCGGGAGCCGCGGCGGGAAGGGCGGCGGCGGCGCGGAGGAUCUAAGAUGUCCACUGAGGCGCAGAGGGUUGAUGAUAGUCCAAGCACCAGUGGGGGGAGUUCGGAUGGAGACCAGCGCGAGAGUGUGCAGCAGGAGCCCGAGCGGGAACAAGUUCAGCCCAAGAAAAAGGAGGGAAAGAUAUCCAGCAAAACAGCAGCAAAAUUGUCAACUAGUGCUAAAAGAAUUCAGAAAGAACUUGCAGAAAUUACGUUGGACCCUCCUCCCAACUGUAGUGCUGGACCCAAAGGAGACAACAUUUAUGAAUGGAGGUCAACUAUAUUGGGACCCCCAGGAUCUGUCUAUGAAGGAGGGGUGUUCUUUCUUGACAUUACCUUUUCACCAGACUAUCCGUUUAAACCCCCAAAGGUAACCUUCCGAACGAGAAUUUACCACUGCAAUAUUAACAGCCAAGGCGUGAUCUGCCUGGACAUUCUCAAGGACAACUGGAGUCCAGCCCUGACCAUCUCCAAGGUCCUCCUCUCCAUCUGCUCACUGCUCACAGACUGCAACCCUGCUGACCCUUUGGUGGGCAGUAUUGCCACACAGUACAUGACCAACAGAGCAGAGCACGACCGGAUGGCCAGGCAGUGGACCAAGCGGUACGCCACCUAGGGCCUGCUGAGCUGGCUCGCGCAAGCACAUUCACCAAGUGCAUCAGUAGCCCGCCCGCCCGCCCGCCCCUCUGACCUCGGUUCUGUUUCCUGUUUUUAUUCAACUUGAAACUGUUUUGUGAUGCUAUGUCAUUUGUCCCUCUUUCCUCCCCUCAUCCUCUCCCUUUCUUCUCUCACCGUCUUUUCGCCCUUCUUUUAUUCCAUUUUUUAUUUCUGUUAACUUGAAAGGUUUGGAAUUUUUUCCCCACCUCCCUGUGGAUGGGAACUUUUGGUUUCAGUGCAAACAACGUCGGAUCUGUAAUAGUAAGAGCUUUCUUACAAAGCUUUGUGUUACUGUGUGGGUUUGUUUUUAUUGUUUGUUUUAAGGGUUUUUUUUUUUUUCCUUUUUUGUGCUCUUUGGGAAAACAUAUUCAGAAUUCUAUCUCAUUUCUACUUAACAGUAGUGCUGAGGAUUAAUUUUUUUGUACUGAAGUCUUUAUUGGUGGGUGCAUGCUACUGGGAACAGGUUUUUGUACAAAAGCUUGAAUCACAAUCACUGUGCAUUACUGAGACCCUGUUUAUCACUGGCCUUCUGCCCCCCCAGGCAGAAGACUGUCGGAUUGAACAAAAUAAUAUGUAUUUUGAUUUACUUAAAGUGCUUGUAAAUUUCUUAGGGACCUGCCACUUUUGACUGUGGGUCAGUUGAUGUACACUUAUAUUAUUAAAGACUCAAUAAAUCACUGUGGCUGAUCAA